GCUUUGGAUCUUAAGUCUACGGUUUGGAUCUUGAGUCUGAAUUUUGGAUAUUAAGUCUGUAAUGUUGGUAGAAUAGUAUCGCGACUUGCCUAUGGAUGGCUGCAGCCUCCAUUGUAUAUGGCUGAAGUUACGCUAAAUUGAAUUUAAACGUAUUUCAAUGAAGAUUGUCGUUGUUCGAAAGUAAACAAACCGUUCGAUUAAGAAAUUAUAAAGUAACAAUGGCUAAGAGUAUUAGUAAAAUACGAGGAAUUUCUUGGAGAUUUGGUGUCACUGCAGCUAGCAAUGAAUCUGAUAACAUUGGAAAAUCAUUUCUACAACUUAAGUUAGAUUUGGAAGAAGAUGGUAAAACUAAUAAUGUCUUUGUAGAAAUGACAAUAAGUGAAUUUUACAAAUUUUUACAUGAUCUAGAAAAAGCUAAGUCAGAUCUUGAUUUGUUACUUUAAAUAAAUAUCGUUGAUUGUAUAAUUAUUAUCAGUUAAGUUUCUGAUUAAUAAAUAUGUUAUUUUUCGAUAUAUUUGUAUACAUUUGUGUGUAUAAAAAUAAAAUUAUAAUAAUGUAAUUACACAAUUACAUUAAGUAAUAACAGUUUAUCAUGGUAAUUGACAAUUUUAUAAACUACAAAUACUUACAAGGGUAGUUUGACUAGUUCAUAAGAAAAUAAAACUUUUAUGGUAUAAAAGUUACGUAGUAAAAUAUAAUUAUAAAUUUAUACAUAUAGGAGUAGAUAAGAGCUCUAAUAAAUUAUAGUCUCUGUUCAUAUAGUAUUUCAUACCUUAAGAGAUUACCAUACCUCCUAUUAUAUAAAAAUUAGUUAUUUUCUUGAUAGCUGUUAGUAAUCAAGAAGAUAUGUUAUAUGUCCAAUUGUACAAUAAAAUCGAAAUAUUUCUGGUGAAAUGUGAAAUCAUUUAAAAAUUGUUAACACCCUUUUAAUUUCCAUUUGGAGAUUCAUGUGGGUUCUGAAUCGAAGAAUCUGUCAUCUGAAAACAUAAAUUCUCGUAAAUAACAUAUAAGAUCUAUCGACCAUUGAGAUUGUGUCUUCGGUGAUUUAGAGAUCUAAGAAAUCGAAUCCUCGGAGAUUUUGCGAAAGAAAGAAAGACGUCACAAAAAUUACGAAAGAAUUGUAUGAAAGCUGGAGAAUGAAUGUUAUAGUAGUGUUUAAGCUAUAAAUAGAAAACUGGGAAACUUUAUUUAUUCUUUAGUAGUUAAUGUACAAUUUUUUUGAUUUUGUUAUUUUUUUUUAUAACAACAUGUUUGUAUCAUAAUGAGGAACUGACAUAUGUAAUGAGAGUGCAAUGUCUAGGGAUAAAAAUGUAUUGUCUCGUAAAAAUUUGUUCGUUUAUCCCACUAAUUAUAUAUGUAAAACAAUAAUCAAUUAUCACAAUCGCUUA